UCAAUCGUUAUUUUCAUAUCAGUUUACUACUUAACAUAUUUUAAACGUAUCGUGCAAAUCCUCAUCCCACGCACGUUAGGCUUUUCUUAAUCGUGUUAGGGGAUUUCUGCAAAUCAGGAUUUAACAUCUUUUCGCUCUUCAAUAUUGUUUUAAUAGUCACCCGAAUCGUGCUUGCUCGUCCAUCAUUUGACCGACAAAUUUAAAUAAUAUAUUAUUAAUAAUCACAUAGAAAAGAAAAGGACCAUGAGGGCGACAAGGGAAGUAGGGUCUGGGACAAGAACGAUGAUUAUUAAGGUGGUUGUGACAAUGACGAUGAUGUUUGGUGCAGAUGGGUUGGGUGCAAAUUUCUUUGGCUCGGACACAAACGAGGUGUACAGUCCAUGCGAGGAUGCUAAAGUGCAGAAAAGAGAUGGUUUUACGUUUGGAAUAGCAUUUUCAGAGAAAGAUUCGUUCUACGAGAAUCAAGGUGGCCCACAGCUUUCACCUUGUGAUCGUCGUCUUGAUCUCUCCAAUAAAGGUGCACAGCUCGCCUUGUUCAGACCAAUGGUGGAUGAGAUGUCCUUGCUUACCAUUAAUACCACCACAUUAGACCCGGUCCAAUCUGGGGGAUAUAUGGUCGCCUUUGCUGGGCAAAAAUAUGCAGCUAGGUCACCACCAAUCAAGUUUGCUGACCAAACUCACACAAUUACUAGUCUCACUUUGAUUCUUGAAUUUGGAGAGGGAACACUACAGAAUUUGUAUUGGAAAAGCUUCGGGUGCGAUAAAUGCGCAGGAGACAACGUUUGCCUAAACAAUCAAGACUGUGCAGUGCCAAAUUCAAAGUGUCACAACAAUGGUGGGAGUGGGUGCAACAUAGGCAUACAGCUCGCAUUCUCAGGGACAGACAGGAGCCUCAAUGUGCUCAAUUCUUGGUACGAGGUUGACAAGCUACGCCAGUAUUCUCUCUAUGGCCUUUUCUCGGAUCUCAAGAAUUCCAUCAUCACCCCCUAUGAGGACCUUUUCUAACUCUAUUUUUGUGCAUAUCAAUAAGCAAGAGACACUGUCAAUGUAAUGGUAUUGUGAAUGGAUGAAGAUUUUUAAGACUUGAUCUAUACAGAGAAAAAAAAAUUGAUAGAUUCAA